UUUCAUAACACAUGGUGUUUACUUAUUGAGAACUCUGCGGGAAGGUUACUGUUCGGCGAGGAUGUAACAAUAGUUUAAAUGGAUUGAUGAAAUGUCUACAAUCUUCAUUCUGAGCAAAACAGUCUACAUUUAGCCGCUGCGCAGUUAUAGUAGUUCCGUUCGAAGCAGAUAGACAAUGGCUGAAAGCCAGCUUCCGCCGGCGGAAGUGGACCCUGAAUUGGACCCACCGAAGAGAGUAAGCCAGAGAACUUCUACAAUUUUCGGCCGCGAUAUCAGCAUGAUACCGUGCUUUCGUAGUAGUUUCCUGUAUGGCAUCAGCUUCGGCAUCGGUGUCGGAUUCUUGGCCUUCCUGAAAACGUCUCGGCCACAGCUCUCCACGCAUAUUGGAUUCGGUACGUUCAUGGCAACGACGCUCGGUUACUGGUUCCCCUGUCGCUACGCUUGGUCUAAGCAAAAGUUUGACAUGGCGCAGCUCCAGCAGGCGCUUCAGAAACAAGCGCUCUACGAGGGCACAGAAAAGGAGCGGGAAUUAGAAGUCAAACUAGAGCACGCUUAACAGCUGAGACACUAGAACGAUACCUUUUUUGAAUAAUUGUAUUAUCGUUAGUAAAAAGCAGCUUUAAU